GUAUUUUCCCUUCUGUGCGUACCUUGCCCUCUUCGUGAACCGUGCUCUUAUACCAAGUUGAUGCGAGUACGGGUUGAAUGAUUCAAGAACUCGCUUAAUCCCUCCAAGCACUACGCCAAGAAUGAUCGUGAUACGAUGAAACACACACACAAAGCCUUGAUAUGAUCAAACAAUGUUGAUCUUGAGUGGGACAGCAAUGGCUUCACUCACCACUCGGCCCUCACCCUCCAACCUCACCAAUGCUUCACUCACAAAGGCUAGAUGGAAAUGCUAUAAUCUGUCUUUGCUUCACUCACAAAGGAAGAAGAUAGGAUAGGAAAUACAACCUGAAUUUCCCCUUGAAGAGAACACCCCUUCUUGAUUCUAAUUUCUUAGAGCCAAAUUUUUAUUAACCAAAUCUGAAUGUUUACACAAGUGAGGGCCUAUAUAUAUAUGCCUCAAAUACCAUACAAAGGCUAUAUUAGCACAUGCCUAAUUAAAAAAAAAACACGUGCUAUUACAAGGCACUUAAAACAGAAACAGAAAGCAACAAAAACACUUAAACAAUUCUGAUCUGCAAAACAGUCGAGCAGCCCUCCUUCAGCUCAGCUCCUAGGACUCCACGUGGAUUCUUAGCAUAGUCCUAGGCCUUUGAUAGCUAGAUCGAAGUACCAAGAUUCCAUUUCCACUAUAACCCAGGUCUUGGAUGCAUAGGUUUGGUCUCCACGUGUCGUGCAAGGUGGCCUGGCCGCUAGUUUGCUGUGCUGUUCAGAAACCAUGAGCUGUUCCCAUUUCCACGUGUGUGAUGCUGUUCCUUGGUGCUACCUUGGCUUCCUUGUUCCCAAAACAUGAUCUUGGGGUUAUACUUUAGUCCUUGGAAAACAUCCUUGGCCAGCAACCCAACACUUGAUGCAUUUGCAUCAGUUGUAAAUUGGUAAUAAAUAAAUAGACUUGGAUAAAGUUCACUAUAUGGGCACUUUGCUUGAUGGGACCAAGUUUGAUUCCACCAGAGACAAUGUCCAGCCAAUCACUUUUAAGCUUGGCCAGGGCCGUAAAGGAUUGGAUAUGGGAAUUGUAACUAUGAAGAAGGGUGAAGUUGCAUUGUUCACAUUGCCUUCUGAUAUAGCAUAUGGGAAUGGUGGAAGUGAUACAGUUCCUUUGGAGUCAGUUGUUCAAUUUGAAGUGGAAUUGAUAUCAUGGAUUAUGGUAGUGGAUGUUUGCAAAGAUGGUGGAAUUAUUAAGAGAAUCGUGGGCAAGGGGCGAAAUGAUAAUCAGCCUAGUGAAUUGGAUGAAGUCCUUGUUAAGUAUCAAAUAAUGCUAUCAGAUGGUACUGUUGUUGCAAAAGCAGCAGAGGAAGGAGUUGAAUUUUGUGUCAAAGAUGGUCAUCUACUGCCAGCAUUGACAAAGGCAAUAAGGACAAUGAAAGUUGAAGAGAAGGUCAACUUGAUUGUGCAACCACAAUAUGGAUUUGGUGAUAUAGGGAAAGUCGGGGAACCUUUGUUGUCCUCUAUUCCCCCAAAUGCCUCACUGAACAUUGAUCUGCAGUUGGUGUCCAUGAAGCGAGUCAUAGAUGUAUGUGGUGAUUCCAUGGUGAUAAAGAAAAUUUUAGAAGAAGGGGAAAAUCUUAGUGUCGCGGGUGAAGGAGCAGCUGUAACUGUUAGAUACAUAGCAAAACUUGAAGACGACACCAUAUUUGACAAAAAAGGUUUUGAUGGUGAAGCACCACUAGAUUUUAUCACAGAUGAAGAGCAAGUGGUGCCAGGGUUAGACCGAGCAGUUGCGACGAUGAAGAGACGAGAGAAAGCUCUUUUGACUAUAAGGUCCAAAUACGGUUUUGGAGAAGCAGAAGUCAAGAAAGGUCAUGUUCUUAUUCCACCAUCUUCCACUUUGUUUUUUGAAAUUGAAAUGGUGGAUUUUUUUAAGGAGAAAGAACCGUGGGAACUGACUAUGGAAGAUAGAUUAAUGGAAGCUGGAAAGAAGAAGGAAGAAGGCAAUGUUCUUUACAAGAGUGGAAAGUAUCAGCGUGCAGGAAAAAAAUAUGACAAGGCCGUUGAUUAUGUUGGUGAAGACGCUUCUUUUGGAGAUGAGCAACAAAAGCAAGUAAAAGUGUUGAGAGUGCAUUGUUGGUUGAACGCAGCAGCAUGCAGUCUGAAACGAGAAGAUUACAAGGAAGCAAUCAAGCUUUGCUCAAAGGUUUUGGAUGUUGAGUUCCACAACAUCAAAGCUUUAUACAGGCGAGCACAAGCGUAUAUGAGAAAUGAUGACCUAGAUUUGGCCGAGUUGGAUAUCAAGAAAGCCUUAGAAGUUGAUCCUGAUAACAGGGAAGUCAAACUGUUACAGAAGACUCUGAAGCAACGUCAAGCUGAGAGCAACCAGCAAGAUGCAAAGUUAUAUGCUAACAUGUUUCCUCAACCUGCCAAAAAUUUGGCGGUGGUUACUAAGAAAUUGAAGGUAGAUGAAGAAAAGUCUGUUGGAACAAAGAAUGUUUCUGUCAGUUCUGCUCUUGAUGAUGAAGAUGAAAAUAAUGCACAUCCUAGUUGAGUUUUUAAUUUAUUUGUAGUAAUAGGAUAGGAUAUUGUGAAUAAUAUCAUGAGUAAACAAUACAAAACUUAUUGUAUUUUCCUAAUUUAAAUUUAAUUUUCUUCCAUUUUCUGUAACACCCUCAGAAUAAAUCGGACUUUUGAAAACACCUUUAAUGAAAAA